AUGGCAACCCCGUCGUUCGGCCUCGUGUCCAUCGAUGGCCGCGGGAUGAAGAGCGAUCCUUGCCCGCGCGUGCGGCCGGCGAUCCAUGGCGCCUCCUUGGGCCCAGGGCCGCUGCUGUUCGUCGACCUAGAUUCCGAUGGCAACUACUCGUGCCCUCUUCUUCCCGACGACCAGGAGAUCACCGUUGCCGCUGGUGACGACUACUCGUCCUCGACAUUGGACCUGCAGGCUACUGCUUCCUCGACCUUUCCGCAGGCAUAUAAUACAUCCACUCGCCCCAUUUUGGCCCAGCCACGAAGUGAUUGGGGUAUGGAAUUUUACAUCAGGGCUGAUCUCGGAGGAUCGAUCCACACGUAUCCUGAUGUCGGUGGCCCAUUGCAGAGCAUGGAGCAAGUUGACGAUGCUAUCGAUCGGUAUCUCCAUGAGCGUCGGCAUCCCACAAUGAGCAAGCCGGUGUUUCUCUGCUGGCCUGAUGGCACACGGAAGAGGCGUACAAGAUCACACGUGCUUCGGAAAAGCCUUGAAGGAAUGCACAAUUUGGUUUCCGCUGUUGUGGACCAGUACAACGAGGAUCACAAUCUUCUAGGGGAUCUUGCAUACAACCUCAAAGACGUUCUGCACCAUGAAUCAUUUCGUGAGAAAAAGAGCAUCUGGUACCGUCACUUGAAUUUCACCGCAAACACCAAAGGACUUGAUGGCUUGGACUGCUGCAUCGGC